GUGCAUAACCUCCAUUUCCAACAUGGCGGCGACCGUGCUUCCAAGUUUAUGUUUUUUACGGCUGCAUAGAUUGUCACGCUCGAGGUACAUACGCCGUGAUUUAGUAACGGUAGGCCUAUUCAGUAGUGACAAAACGCGUCCGAAAUGCUUGACAUGCCAUAGUUAUUCCCACAUAAAACUGGCAUCGCAUUUUACACAGGACGAUCGGCUCUCGCGCAUCCCUGUCGAUAAACUGAAGAUAACAUACAGUCGGAGCAGCGGACCCGGCGGUCAAAAUGUCAAUAAGGUCAGCACGAAAGCAGAAGUCCGUUUCCACGUGCAAACAGCAGAGUGGAUUCCAGAAGAAGUGAGGCAAGAGAUUCUUUUAAAAAAUAAAACGCGUGUCAACAAAGCUGGAGAGUUGAUUGUGACUUCAGAGAUCAGCAGAAGCCAACACAGAAAUCUAGAAGACUGUCUGCAGAAGAUCUCAGAAAUGAUCACUGAAGCCAGUCAGCAGAAACCAGAGCCAUCUGAGGAGGAUAUCGCGCUGAGAGCUCGUAGAUUAGAGAGAAGAAAUGUGGAAAGACUCAAACAGAAGAACCUGCAUGCAGCAACAAAGCAAGCAAGACGAGUUGACUUUGACUGAACCCAAAACGUGAACGUUUGCUCUGCAUUCAAACUUUAAUAUGAACAUUGCAAAAUGACACUGAAGUUUUGUGUUUUGCUGAAUGUAGUGUAUGUCAUAUAUUUGUGUGACUCAACCAGUACACCUGCCAUUCAUAAAUUAAAUAAAAAACGAACGUAUUAGUGAUUAAAAUAUAUCCAGUAUUGUCAAAUAACAAAGUAAAAUACUACAUUGUAAGAGCUAAA